UCUACUUUUGCAGUCUGCCGAUCUCAUCUCUUCCCCCGCUGGAACGGAGCCGACACCCGACCCAAGAAGAUGGAGAUGAAGACUGUCCAAGAACUGAUGGCAGCCUCUAAUGGCGGCCCUGAAACUGUGCCCGAGAGAUUCGUCCGUAAAGCUGAAGGAGUAGAAAAAGCAGCAGCAGAAGCAGAAGCUGACGGGCUUCUUCCAUUAGCAGAUGAAGCCCCCAUCAUUGAUCUGAGCCUCCUUCCUCCGUCUCCUCCUCCCCCUGCUUCUGCGGAAGCUGUUGCUGAUGAGCUGCAGAGCUUUCACUCUGCUCUCACUUCCUGGGGCUGCUUUCAGGCUAUAAACCACGGGAUGACCGGUUCGUUUCUAGACCAAGUGAGGGAAGUUGCGAAAGAGUUCUUCGCACUUCCGUCGGAAGAGAAGCAGAGGUACUUGAGGGCAGAUGGUGAUAUGGAAGGCUAUGGCAGUGACAUCAUCCUUUCCGAUCAACAAGUGCUUGAUUGGACCGACCGGCUGUACCUCACGGUAUAUCCAGAGGAUCGGCGUAAGCUCGAUUACUGGCCCCAAAAACCCGAUUUGUUCAGGGGAACAAUUUAUGAGUAUUCCUUGAAGCUAAGGGGGAUAGCCGAUAUCGUGCUAAAGGCAAUGGCGCUCUCACUCAACUUGGACACCAAUGCAUUCUUGGAAAAACUCAGGGGAAAUGUGAGGAUGGAUGCUCGAUUCAACUACUACCCUCGAUGUCCGAGACCCGACCUUGUUUACGGACUCAAACCGCAUGCUGAUGGGUCGUCUAUCACGAUUGUUCUGCCCGACAAAGAAGUGGAAGGUCUCCAGUUCCUGAGAGACGGCCGGUGGGUCAAAAUCCCCAUUGUUCCUCAUGCUCUUCUCAUCAACAUAGGUGAUCAAGUAGAGAUAUUGACCAAUGGGAUGUUUAAGAGCCCAAUGCACAGGGCAAUCACGAACGCGGAGCAUGACCGGAUCUCUUUGGCAAUGUUCUGUUACCCAGACGCAGAGACGGAGAUCGAGCCCGCUCGUGAGCUCAUCAAUGAGUCAAGGCCCGGGCUCUACAAGACGGUCAAGAAUUACCCAGAGAUCUACUUCCAUUACUACCAGCAAGGGAAGAGACCUAUUGAUGCUGUGAAACUUUAGGCUGAGAAAACUGAGGAGAAUAUAUUUGAAAACCACUUUCUUUUUUGUGGUGUUUUCCAAAUUUCCGGGGAAAACUAGUAAAAAUAAAACAAGAAGAGCAGAGUUUCAAACAGCGCAUCUUGGGGGAAAUUCUUGCAUAAACCAUGUGAUACCAUCACUUUUCUCACGUACACUAUAUGGUACUCUGUUUCUUA